CAGCUGCUUAUUAGGCUCGUUUUUUGAUAAGCUGCCUCUUACUCUUUGUUGCAGAGGUUAAGUGGCCAAGACAGACAGGUGGAAUUAGGCCUUGAUGUGGAGGCUUCAUUUUCUUCUCAAUACCUGACCCUUCAUAAUGAGGCAGCUUAUGGAAGUGUGAUGUUUGUUCAUUUCCUCACAGGCCACAGGAAACAUAAGUGUGAAGGAGACAUUUGCCAUGGAAGCCAGGGAGCUGGAGAGCCCCACGCCAACCUACCAUCUCAUUCCUGAGGCCAGCCAGCCCAGAGAGAAAGAUGUCAGCAUGCAACCUCAACGGACCAUGGAAACUAUGCAGCUAAAAAAGGAGAUCUCUCUGUUGAAUGGGGUCAGCCUGGUGGUGGGCAACAUGAUUGGCUCAGGAAUCUUUGUCUCACCCAAAGGCGUGCUGGUAUACACUGCCUCCUAUGGGUUGUCACUAGUCAUAUGGGCCAUUGGUGGGCUUUUCUCAGUUGUUGGUGCCCUUUGCUAUGCGGAGCUGGGGACUACCAUCACCAAGUCUGGGGCCAGCUAUGCUUAUAUUCUAGAAGCUUUUGGGGGCUUCAUUGCCUUCAUCCGCCUUUGGGCCUCCUUGCUUAUUGUUGAGCCCACCAGUCAGGCCAUCAUUGCCAUCACCUUCGCCAACUACAUCAUCCAGCCCUCGUUCCCCACCUGUGAUCCCCCGUACCUGGCCUGCCGUCUCCUCGCUGCUGCUUGCAUAUGUCUGCUGACAUUUGUCAACUGUGCCUAUGUCAAGUGGGGCACACGUGUGCAGGACACGUUCACUUAUGCCAAGGUCUUAGCGCUCAUUGCCAUCAUUGUCAUGGGCCUCGUUAAACUGUGCCAGGGACACUCUGAGCACUUUCAGGAUGCCUUUGAGGGUUCCUCCUGGGACAUGGGAGACCUCUCUCUCGCCCUCUACUCUGCCCUCUUCUCUUACUCAGGUUGGGACACCCUUAAUUUUGUAACAGAAGAAAUCAAAAACCCAGAAAGAAAUUUGCCCCUGGCCAUUGGGAUUUCUAUGCCAAUUGUGACACUCAUCUACAUCCUGACCAAUGUGGCCUAUUAUACAGUGCUGAACAUUUCAGAUGUCCUUGACAGUGAUGCUGUGGCUGUGACAUUUGCUGACCAGACAUUUGGCAUGUUCAGCUGGACCAUUCCUAUUGCCGUUGCCCUGUCCUGCUUUGGGGGCCUCAAUGCGUCUAUCUUUGCUUCAUCAAGGUUGUUCUUCGUGGGCUCCCGUGAGGGCCACCUCCCAGAUGUACUGUCCAUGAUCCACAUUGAGCGUUUUACACCCAUCCCUGCUUUAUUGUUCAAUUGUACCAUGACACUCAUCUACCUCACUGUGGAAGAUGUUUUCCUGCUCAUCAACUACUUCAGCUUUAGCUACUGGUUCUUCGUGGGCCUGUCUGUUGCUGGACAGCUCUAUCUUCGCUGGAAGGAGCCUGAGCGGCUCCGGCCUCUGAAGCUGAGCCUGUUUUUUCCCAUCGUGUUCUGCACAUGCUCUGUGUUUCUGGUGAUUGUGCCUCUAUUCAGUGACACCAUCAAUUCCCUCAUUGGCAUCGGGAUUGCCCUCUCCGGGGUUCCUGUCUAUUUCGUGGGUGUUUAUCUGCCAGAGUCCCAGAGGCCACUACUUAUUCGGAAUGUCCUGGCUGCUAUCACCAAAGUCACCCAGCAGCUUUGCUUUUGUGUCCUGACCGAGCUCGAUGUAGCUGAAGAGAAAAAGGCUGAAAGGAAAACUGACUAGAGGCCAGAGAUGAUGUCCCUUGAGGCCUGGAAGACCAGCCACAGCCACCAAAGUCCAGAUGACAAGACUGUACAGGCCCAACUCUCUUGUUCUAAAGGAUCCUGUGGGCCACAUUAUGUAAGGGGGCUCAGGGCCAAUGGCCUGCUUUGGUGGUCACUCUCAUUGGGAGCAGACUCAGGGUCUGAGGCCAGCCUGAAGGUGGGAACUGUAUAGAAAGUGGUGGUGGGAGGGCUUGGGGUCAGGGGAAUAGUUGUUUAGUUUUGUUUCUGGUGAGUAGGUACAGCUUACCAAACACUUGGCAAGUUGCACUGGGGAAAAGGAAGUGCUAGGUUAAUAGCUGUGGCUGGUGGUUCUGAAUUUGAUAUUUGAGGUUUGAAUCAGAAGUCUCUACAAAAGGGGCUGCUUUAUGGCAAGUUUUCCUCUGACCAGGUCCAAACAUCUGACUGUAGAGGCCUAAAAUGCUAUCAUUUCUUCCUGUGACUCAAAAUCUUUCCCUGGAAAGACGGCUGUAUUCCAUUAUUUAUUGAUAUUAUUUAAUCCAGAACCCCAGUUCUAGCAAAGCAUUGGUGUUCAUUCAUCUACCGAAUGCCAUAGACUGAUUGUGUUUAAAAAUUCAAAGUUACUCCAAACGGAGUCCCUCUGCCCUUAGAGGUGUCUCUGUGUGGUGGUGGAUCAGACUCAGACCACAGAUUUUUUGGUUUUAGCACAUUCUUCUGUUGAGUCUUAGCUGCAAAGGUGAACUUUAAAGAUUUUUUUAAACUCAUGUAUCAAUUACACGUUAGUCAAUAGGUCACAGAUUACAAGCACCUGGCUCAAAUCAGCAAGGACAAAUGAACAAAUUCAUGAGUCAGAAGUCUGGUAAUACUGCUAUUUUGAAGGAUAAUCCUUUAUUUUACUUGAGACCUUAGGUCUUUGUUCUAGAUGAUAGAAGGUAGAUUUCUGGGUUUCUGGUAUGAACUUUAAGAGGACAUGAACUGUUCUAGAAUUCAAGUGGAUUACCUGAAUUCUCUCAGCUGUCAAUGGCUUAGAGACCAUCUCAUGGACCCAAGCCACCAAAUAGUUUGUUUCUUUCUGUAAGGGCCGGUGUGAGGGAUGCUGUGCAGACCCACACAAGCCCACCUUGGUGCUAGAAGUGGUCAUUUCCCUUUUCUGAAAACCUCACAUCACGCUGCAUGCUCCUCUUCUAUCCCCAACACUGGGCUCUGUUUACACUCCGAGCUGUCUUGGUGUGGAUCAUCGGGAUAGUGCAUACCUGUCCUGUCUGCCUCCGCUUGCUGGAGGUUUGGUGGGCCUGCAGUCUCAGGAAGAGCUUGGUACUUGUGUGGACCUCUAUUUUCUCCCUGUGGAGAUAGUGAAGACUUAGGGGGGAAAAAGCUGCUUCAUCCUCAAAUCUGGCUCCUCAGCAGACUGCGUGAUUGGAAGCAACUAAUUCUGGUGCUCAGGCUGUGCUUUAGCAUCCAGGUCAGGCCAGAGCAGAUUUGGCCUAAUGGAUGUUCGUUCCCUCAUGGACAGCCAUGGUUGCGGUGGACUGUACAUCUGUCCUGUGAUGUGUCCAGACACUGUCAUCCUGGGUCCAGAGGAACCUGCAGACUUGGCUCAUCCCCUGCCUGGACUUCUUAUCCUUUGGUUAAUUGUAAAGACAAGAAUGAGGCAAUCUCCCUUCCUGAUCAUUCUUUUCCACCAAAUGGCCCCAGUCGCAGUCAGGGGAAUGGCCUUGGUCAUACUUGCUCAAUAAAGACAAUCAGGGGAGCAUGAGCACAGCUGUCUUCGGUUCAGGGCAUGCAUGGAUGAGAAAAUGAGAGGACAUUCCUACUGUCAUGGGUUGGGGCAAUAGGGAGUCUGUGCAAAGGCUGACUUGCCUAGACUGUGUAAACUUGACUCCUGUCUGAGGCAAGAUGGCACUUUUCCCAGGGAUCCUCUGGAGCUAAUCAUUGAAGUCGUGUGUGCUUGUCUUGAGGAUCCCUGACCAAGGUUUUAGCUUUCUCCACUGAAGUAAAUGACCAGCUAGUCCCAAGAACUUGCUGCCCCCCACUGGCUCCUGGGGGAAGCAUGGGCCUCACACCCUAAGUGACCCCAUACAAGCUUAGUGAGCCAUGUCAUCCCCCUCUCAUUACUGGAUGGCACCUGCAUUUUUCCCCUCUGUGCUGGAUACAGACUUCACCCAAGAACCCAUCUGUGGGAGGGAAGCCAGAGACUCCCUACAGCACUCAAGCUUUGUGGUGGAAUUAAAUUUCUGCAAGGUC